UGGGGGUCUCCGGGGGGAGAGAGAGUGAGAGAGAGAGAGAGAAAAAAAGGGGGAGAAGAGGAAGUGCACGCGGAGGUGGAUCUCCUCCAUAAAGCUAAAGCUAACGAGCUAACAUGAUGUUGCCGCUGCUGGUGCUGCGUGUCUGCUAGCGGGCCGCCCUGGACUCCUUAUCCGCCCUGAGGUGCAUCAUGCCCGGCUGGAAGAAGAACAUCCCAGCCUGUCUCCAAGCGGAUCAGGAAGGCGAUGAAGGUCCGUACAGCAAACACUCGACGGGCUCGCGGCCGUCAGACGGGGCGCUGGCCAUCAGGAGGCAGAGCAUACCAGACGAGUUCCGGGGAUGCACGCUGGUGGAGCUGAUGAAGAAGGAGGGCACCACGCUGGGGCUGACCGUGUCGGGGGGCAUCGACAAGGACGGGAAGCCGCGGGUGUCCAACCUGAGGCAAGGAGGUAUCGCCGCCAGGAGCGACCAGCUGAACGUCGGCGACUACAUCCGCUCGGUGAACGGCAUCAACUUGGCCAAGUUCCGUCACGACGAGAUCAUCAGCCUGUUGAAGAACGUGGGCGAGCGCGUGCUGCUGGAGGUGGAGUACGAGCUGCCGCCCAUCUCCGUGCAGGGUUCCGGCGUCACGUUCAAGACGGUGGAGGUGACGCUCCACAAGGAAGGCAACAGCUUCGGAUUCGUCGUCAGAGGCGGAGCCAGCGAAGACAGGAACAAGUGCCGGCCCAUCGUCAUAGCGACCGUCCGCUCAGGAGGGCCGGCCGACAGGGAGGGGAGCAUCAAACCCGGCGACCGUCUCCUCAGCGUCGACGGCAUCCGUCUCCACGGCAACACGCUGGCGGAGGCCAUGAGCGUCCUGAAGCAGAGCGGCCAGGAAGCGACCAUGCUGGUGGAGUACGACGUCUCUGUCAUGGACUCCGUGUCCUCGGCUUCGGGUCCCCUGCUGGUGGAGGUCGCCAAGGCGACGGGCUCCAGCCUGGGCGUGGCUCUGUCCUCGUCCAUGUUCUGCAGCAAGCAGGUCAUCGUCAUCGACAAAGUGAAGCCGGCCAGCAUCGCCGACAGGUGCGGCGCCCUCCACGCGGGCGAUCACAUCCUGUCCGUGGACGGCAAAUCCAUGGAGUUCUGCUCUCUGGCCGAAGCCACGCAGCUGCUGUCUGCCUCCUGCCAUAACGUCCGCAUGGAGAUCCUGCCCCAGCACCAGGCCCGACCGGCCCUGAACGCACCGCAGCAAGUCAAGGUGCAGCGUUCUGCCCGCCCCCUCCCCUGGGACACAGGAACCUCCGCCCCCGUCCUCCCCCCUUACCACUACAACACGUACCAUCCCGACCAAUCGGGCGCCAGGUCGCACAACCGCCACACAAACAGCACGUCGCUGGGGCACACGUUCUCCCCGGGCUCCAUGUCGGCGUACAGUCUGUCGUCGCUCAACAUGACCAUCCCGAGGAACGCGUACCCCACCAGUCCGCGGGGGACCCUCAUGAGGAAGAAGCACAAGAAGAAGGACUUCAAGAGCUCCUUGUCUCUGGCGUCCAGCACGGUGGGGCUGGCCGGUCAGGUGGUCCACACGGAGACCACCGAGGUGACGUUGCUCGGCGACGGCGUCAUGGGCUUCGGCCUGCAGCUGCAGGGCGGCGUCUUCGCCACCGAGACGCUCUCGUCGCCGCCGCUCAUCGCUUACAUCGACCCCGACAGUCCUGCCGAGAGAUGUGGAAUCCUGCAGAUCGGCGACAGGAUCCUGUCCAUAAAUGGAGUUCCGACAGAAGACUCCACCUUGGAAGAAACCAAUCAGCUGCUCAGAGAUUCCUCCAUCACCGCACAACUCACCUUGGAGAUCGAGUUCGACGUGGCUGAAUCGGUCAUCCCAUCGUCCGGAACGUUCCACGUGAAGCUCCCCAAGAAACCGGGAGUGGAGCUGGGAAUCACCAUCAGCUCGCCGUCCAACAGGAAGGCGGGAGACCCUCUCAUCAUUUCGGACAUCAAGAAGGGCAGCGUCGCUCACAGGACGGGGACGCUGGAGCUGGGAGACAAGCUGCUGGCCAUCGACAACAUCCGCGUGGAGACGUGCUCCAUGGAGGAGGCGGCGCAGAUCCUGCAGCAGUGCGAGGAGCUCGUCAAGCUGAAAAUACGCAAAGACGAGGACAACUCGGACGAGCAGGAGGUGUCGGGGAGCAUCAUUUACACGGUGGAGCUGCAACGCUACGGGGGCCCGCUGGGCAUCACCAUCUCGGGCACCGAGGAGCCUUUCGAUCCCAUCAUCAUCUCCUCGCUCACCAAGGGGGGCCUGGCAGAGAGGACGGGCGCCAUCCACGUGGGCGACCGCAUCCUGGCCAUCAACAGCAGCAGCCUGAAGGGCAAACCCCUGAGCGAGGCCAUCAGCCUCCUGCAGCAGGCGGGCGAGACGGUCACGCUCAAGAUCAAGAAGCACGGCGAGCUCUCCAGUCCCAAGUCGUGCGAGGGAGGGGAGGAGCCGCUCCUGGUGGCGGCGGCGCCCUCUUCGGGCCAGAGAACGUUCGGCACGCUGCCCUCCGUCGACAGCGCGGUCGAGUCCUGGGACGGUUCCAACGUGGACGCCGGCUUCACCAGCCCGGCUCCUUCUUUCCAGUCGUCACCGUUCACCUUCCACGAGUGGCGCGACGCCAAGACCGGCAACAACCAACCGCCCGCUUCCUCCCGCCAGAGAACCAAUCCGCUGUCGGACCUGAACGACGACUGGGAACACGUCGGGCUGGGCGGGUUCGUGCUUGGUCAGGACGGGACAGAACCGGACCAGGAGGAGAACUUCUGGUCUCAGGCUCUGGAGGAUCUGGAGACGUGCGGGCAGAGUGGAAUCCUCAGAGAACUGGAGGCAACCAUCAUGUCGGGCUCCACCCUCAGCCUGAACCACGAGCCGGCGCCCUCUCGGACCUCGCUGGGUCGGCAGGCCAGCUUCCAGGAACGCAGCAGCACCCGCCCCCAGGUGACCCCGCGCUCCAACACUUUGCCCUCCGACCCCCAGCGCCGAGCCUUCGCCAUGAAGAAGAUGAGACAGGAAGUCAACGACAUCCUCAACCAGACGCCCGUCGAACUUCACAAGGUCACGCUGGAGAAGUCUUGCGACUCGGAGGACUUCGGCUUCAGCGUGUCGGACGGCGUUCUGGAUCGCGGCGUUUACGUCAACAACAUUCGCGGCGGCGGCCCGGCGGAGCGCGGAGGCCUGCGGCCGUACGACCGCCUCCUGCAGAUCAACCACGUGCGCACUCGGGACUUCGACUGCUGCCUGGUGGUUCCGCUCAUCGCCGAGUCGUCGAACCGCUUGGAUCUGGUCAUCAGCCGAAACCCCGCCUCCUCCGCCGACCCGCUGACCAAUCACACGGAAGGUGGCGUCCAGCCAAUCGGCAGCCAGAAGGAUGCGCGCGAGGACUCCGGUGAGGACGGCGCGCCCAUCAAGUGGAAAAAACCCGGGGACGGUCUGGGGGCGGGGCUGGUCACCAACACUUCCGUAUAGGGACCGAACGGGCCACGCCCCCACGGUGCUGAACUUUGACCUGCUAAGGCAGCCUGAAAGCACACCCACACUUCCUGUGGGUUCUGAUCCCACUUGUGUCCCACUGGAACCUCUGACCUCAUUCCUGAUUUUGAUCCCAGCGCUACUCCAGAUUCCACUCCGGAUCCUAUUUGGAACCUUGCUCACAAUCCCGGUUUUGCUCCAAAUCCGGAUCUUUCUACAGAUCUCGAUCUCCUCGUGGUACUACGAUGGACCCUGAUCUCAUUUGAACUCUCUUUCUCACUCCUGAUCCUAAUCUCAUUCUCGAGAUCCUGACCUCACUACUUAUUAAGUCUUAAGCUUACUACUGAUCCUGAUCCGACUCCAAAUCCGCAUCCUGAUCUCAGUCUGGAUCGCAUUUACCAAUCCCAUUCCUGAUCGCCAACUCCUGACCCAACUGGACCCCCAACCUUGUCCAGUCUGGGGGGGGGGGGCGUAAUUGGCCAGUGUGACAGGAAGCAGAAUUUCAACAGAAGCACAGCAGCAGCACAAAGACUGAUGAUGACGAUGAUGAUGACGACGAUGAUAAUGAUGGGUCGCCAUUUUCGACCUGCGGCCCGCACACCGUCACCAGGAGACAACCAACCACGGACAAAUGAAUUUUUCUUCACGCAAAGUGAUUGGAGCAUCCGGAUUGGAGUUUGACACGUGUGCUGAGAGGGAAGUUCAAGAAAAUAUAUAGAAAACUAAUCAUUGUGAUGAUGACACUGACAGACACUGAGCAGUUUUAAAAUUAUUAUUAUUUUUUUUUUUUUACACACGUUGACUGGCCACACACUGUGUGUGUGUGUGUGUGUGUGUGUGUGCGUGUUGUAAAGUUUGGCCAGCAAAGGCUUCCUGCCCGUUAACCCCACCCCUCACUGUCCUUUAGCCAAUAGGCAGGCAGGCAGGAUGACGCAUUCAGCAGAUUGGCUGGAACCAAUCAAUCAAAAAAAAAGUCGCCUGAUUGGUUCCCCCCCCCCACACACACACACACACACACACACCAAUGAGCAUGACCCCCCCCCCCGCCUCCAGUAACUGUGAUCAAUAAUGCUAAUCAAUUGUGUGUUUUGAUUGACUCGUCACUUUUCUCUGUGUGUUUGUUUCCAUGACGACUGGACCUCACGAUAUGUCAAAAAAAAACGAAAAAAGUUGAGUCCUUGUCGUCUACGUGGUUUCUAUGACACCAUUUUGACAUUUUAGAAAACAUGUUGUGACACGUUUGUGACAUCAACAUUUAGCUGCUCGCUCUCGCCUCGUUAGAAAGUUGACAUUUUUCAUAAGCGACCAAUCAGAAGCCUCUGGGAAAAACAAAAAAAAAAAAUGCUGCUGUGUGUUUGAGACCGAAGUUUUGAUUUGCUGUCGCCUCCUUCGGUUCGAUUGAUCGUUCUACUUGACUUAACUUAGCACAGCGCCCACUAGUGGCUAGCAAAGAAAUGCACACACCUAGCUUGAGGCUAAGAAGACACUUAGCACAAGGCUAACACAGGGCUAACAGAACUAAGGGCACAGUUUGGCUAACAUAAGAUUCAGUUACACGACUAAUCAAGACUUGAUUAGCAUCGGGCUAAUGUUUGACAAACACCAACCUCACGCUCAAGCUCGACCGAAUUAGAUGUAUGGGCAGGUUUCCAAUGACGCCAUCUUGUGUGACCAAUCAGAUAAUUUAACGAUAGAAAAAAACUUCACGCUUCACCCAUCACCUGUGUUCUUUGACCUCAAUGACACACAAGAUGGCGUCAUUGGAAACCUAUCCAUUGAGCAUCGGUGGGGGAGGCUAACGCCCGGAAAAACCUGUCAGCACUGGGCUAAUGACAUCAUUAGAACGAGGCUAACGUCAACGGUGUUGAGAAUUAAGCAGUUACGCAAAUAAAAUCAGUCAGGGAGAACAAAGAUGAUUAUCAUCUGGCUAAUAUUUGGCUAACCCAACUUGUGCGAAAAACAACAGCAGAUCUUUAAUUAGAAGUAAUUAGCAGUUAGCUUGGCUAAAACCUGAUUUCAUUAUUAUUUUUUUUAAUCACAAGCUCAAAACACCUGAGCAAUCAGGUUAUCGCGGGGCUAAUUAGCUCGAGCACGGCUGAGCUAACUUUUCGACAAAGGGUUAGCCGUUAGAAUUUCCACCAAUAGAAAGGAACCGAGGGACCUUGAGGGCGUGGCUUCAGGGAUGCGCGCCAUAAAGCCAUACACAAACAAACACAUACACGCACGCGUGCAUUGCGUGUGCGCGCGCGUCGUUGCAGGAAUUUGCCCACGCACGCGCAUUGCACUGCCAUCGGAAAAGGGGAGUUGAAUUCCAUGUAGCGUCAUCAACCAAACAAGCGAACCGACGUCUUUUGUUUCAGGAACACGGACAAUGUUGUAAAGUAUUUUUGUACAAAUUUCAUACUUUGGUAGCCUGAUGUUCCUGCUGUGUGUCCUGCCGUCUCCGCCUUCUUUGUGUGGACGACCGUUGAGGAACAAUAAACACCGACUGCUCAUGA